GCUGUGUAAUCGCCAUUACGCCACUGGCAAAGAUAUUAAUAACUUUUCCAUUGUGCGAUUUGCACUUCAUCUCUAGGCACACAAUGGGUUCUGCUUUCUAGAACCUUGCCCUUGAACCUUAUCGACACCACGAAGCAACUACUUCAAUGAAAGAUGGCACCACGACACCUUCUCUCGAUUUCAUCACAUGAUACGACUGACCAACUUAUAGCAAACCCACAUAAUGUUCAUUGCAAGUUGCUUUUAACAGAAGAAGUAAAGUCCUCUUCCUCAAGACAUGGAGAUGGAAAGGUAUUCAGACAAGAUGAAGCAGACAACAUUCACAGACAAACCACAUCCAAGUAUUGUUCGACAGAGACCAUUCAUUCCAGGGCGAGAAGCAUGUCAGUCAAUUCAAACAGAUCUGAUUUCACUUCCAUCACUGGCACGACUGUGGAAGUGUUGCCAGAAGAAGGUCAUUUGCAAGAAAAGAGUUUGGUAGAGGAAGACCAACCCAAUGACGAAGAUAUCAGCGAGAAACAAAGAAGAGGUUCAUAUUAUCGUUCUUCACGUUUGCCAAGCGGAGGAAAAGAUGCAGUUCUAUACAAUCGAUACAGGGUGAUAAAAUCUUUGUUCACAAUCGUUGGAGGAUGGAUAUUGUUGUUGAGUAUGUGUUUUGGUUUCAAGGUUUUGGCCGUCAAAUUUAAUUGGUAUGCACCGGAUACGUUGGCAGAAUAUAUCAAUAACAACUCAACUGCAAGUGCUCAAUGGUUCACUUUUGCAGGUGUAUUCUUAGGAGAACUAGCACUCAUUUUAUGGGGAUACUCUAUCAGUUAUAUGGCUUUCAGAAGGCUGGCAUACGGGAAACGAAGAACGGAAAUACUCACAUUAGCAGCAUGGAAUGAAAUGUCAAGAGCAGGUUAUACGCUUAGCAAGAGGAAACCGCUUUGGCCCGUAAUAACGAUUAUCAUCUUUAUCGGCAACACAUUCUUGCCUGCAGGAUUUUCAACUUUACUAACACCCAAAGAAAUGGUUGUCACAACUCCUUAUGGUGGACAUGAACUUGAUCAACUAUCGCCAGGUUUUGCGGGCGCAAUCAGUUUCAUGCCCGCUUCUACGUUUCCCAAUCCGGCAAACCUUUCUUGCGGCUCACAUUUUGUGUCAAACUUUUGGACCUUUUCCUCGCAUCCAAGUAUAAUCUUUGACCCUUGUCCUUCUCUUGAUGAUGUUCAAACGCUCAUCUCAGCCGGACGUGCAAAAUUGGAAGCGAGCAUCAAUCAAUCUGAACCUCUUUUCAAGUUGCCUGGAAGUGUGACAUUCAUUGGUGGAACGGGAGGAGUGGCAAGUUUGGGUCCUCUAGGAAUUAUUCCAUGGGGACAGUGGAAUAAGCCACCAAAAGAAAGUCCUACGCCGGAGGGAUACAACUAUACGUACAUUUUAGAACAACAGGGUCUCACCUGUGACGUUCAUUGUUGGCAGCCGAAAAAAGCAUCCGAAUUGAAAAUUCUAAGAACGGAAUCCACCCACAUUCCACAUCUGCUCAAAGUGACUUUGGAUUGCAAUCAUGAGUCAGCAGAAAAUGAUUUGGAAGUUUCUUACCAUUAUAUAGGAUCGUCUUCUAUCAUCUUGAAAGGAUGUACAGGAAAGGAUGCAGAGUUGCAAGAUGAUCCAGAUACGACGAUAAUGUACUUCAAAGAUGCAGGCGCAUCCAUUUACGGUACGCAAGGGUCAGAAUUAGGAGGAGACUUGCUAUGCGAGCUUAAACCCAAGUGGACGAGAAACAAUGUGGAAUACUCUUCAAGAAAAAACACUAUUCGAGUCAGUUUGGUCGAAGGAGAAGAUCGUACUGCGCCAAAUCGAUUGACAGGCUAUCACGGUGAAUUGGGUCCAGGUAAACAACCAUUCUCGCCAACUUCAGAAGACAGUAAACAUCGUUUCUUCCAGUAUUAUACUCGUCUGCUCACAGUUCAAGGCGCUUUAUCUGCAGUCGGGAAUGCUUUUGUCUUCACAAGCUCAUUGAGUGCUGCUCUUAAUGCUUCAGAUGGAAGAGCUCGAGACUACAGUCUGGCUACAUCUCCUCCUAGGCCAAAGCUGAGAAGUGAAGGGAACAAUACUGUAUCAUUGUUUACGGAAAAGAAUGGUACGCUCCGCGCGUAUCAACCGGUUCUUUUGAACCGAACUGCACAUUCAGUCGUCACUUUGCAAGAUUUGAACGAAACGGUUUUGUUUGGAAAAGAUUCGGCAAUUCAAUCUUUGGCAGCUUUCAAUGCCCGUGUAAAUGCACAAAGAGUUCAAACUUGGAUUCAACCUGCUCAAGUUGAAAUUUUUAUCAAAGGAGUAUUUGAAUAUGCUGCAACAAGUCAACGUGAAUGGUUUCAACAUUAUGCUGUUGAUGGAGGAGGAUGGUAUGGAUCAAUAAGCGAAGCAAACGGAACAAGAAUCGUAAAAGGGACAUGGAGACAAGAGACUGUUGGUUGGGGAGAAAGUACACAAAACAAUAGUUCAUUGAUUUAUUACUCACUCAUUCCACUCCUUUGCUUUGCAAUCGUAAGUAUUGGAAUGAUCCUUUGGAGUCAUUGGUUUGAUGCCCCUCGUGAAACGCCAAGAGCGCCAGAUAUUGACCCGACAGAUUGGCUCGAAGCAGUAGUGGCAAGUGCCCAAGGUGGACUAUACAAAGCUUUCCCUGAACCUUCUUUGGGAACACACAAAGGUCUUUUGGAGGCGCAAAAAAUCCGAAUCAGAUUCGGUCAUGUUUACGAAAAUGAAGAAGAGAAGCCAAAAUUGGGUUUCGUUUGUGUUGAUUGAGUGAAGAAGGGGCGCCAAGUUGUUACUUAUAGCGUGGGCAAAGAUGCCAAGGGGUUGAUCACAAAAACGCCAAUAGAGGCAGUGUGUGUGAGGCAGUGAGAAGGCGUCUC